AUCGUACCUCUGGUUUUUCACACUAUUCUACGAUGCAGAUUGGAGAGAGUGUGCGGGCAGAGAAAGUCCGAAGUUGGAAGCUGUACAAUUAUUUGACACUACAAGGAAGUUAACAGAAAAUUUGCAGUUUAAGGCGUCUCCGCUGGGAUGGACUCAAGACAACCGGGAAUUGUGGUUGUGAAACGAAGUUGCGCGGUGGAGGUUCGCUAAACCUUGGGAAUGCCUAGUCUUAUCACUGUGAAAUUUUAUUCCAGCAGAUUCAUGAUUGAUGUUCCGGCAUCCAUUUUGGCCUGUUUGAAUUUCAUCUUAAUGUAUCACUGCCCAUUAUAGUUUAUGCCUUGAAAGUCUAUAGGAACGUCAAUUAUACUGAAGACAGAUCGAGGAUUAACGUGAGGAUAAGGUUCAAGCAGUGUGCAGUGUCCACUACCACUUAUGCUAAUUUGCUGUUGAAAAUAAUUUUACUCUGGUGUUGUUUUUUGUAUUUAGAUAAACAUCCAUUCUCAUCCGCUGGGGACAUAUGUUACUAAGCAUGUUUUCGGCACUAUGAUGAGGAUGGCUCUUUUAGUGGUGUAAAUAAAUGGUCGAUCUCUGUCAAUGGAUGAAGUUGACUAACAGCUAUGUAAAUGAAUUCCAGUCACGGAUUAAAUACAGACAUAAUGACGAAUUCGUUUUAAGACAUGUGGCAGUGAAAUGUUCUGUAACAUUAGGCGCUUGGAUGCACGCGUAAAAGCGGUUCAUUGUAAAUAAUUGUCGGCAUAAUUUAUUUGAGGACUUAUAAUUAUUAGAACCGAAGGGCUCACGUAUAGGAAAGUGUGCUUGUUUGGUUUAAUGUUAGAUAGAACUCUGCGGGUGUCUCUUUAAGCUGAAUGUCUCUGAAGUGGUGGUGAAAUUAAAUCGAACCAAAGUGCAGUGUAAAUUGCUAAAUAGAGUGCAAUACAGUACAGUGUGAAUAUAGUAUGGCUGACCGGACUGCUCCCCGAUGCCAACUGAGACUGGAGUGGAUUUACGGGUACAGGGGGCAUCAGUGUCGAAACAACCUUUACUACACUGCAAGCAAGGAGAUCGUGUACUUCGUUGCUGGAGUCGGCGUGGUUUUCAACACGAGGGAGCACACUCAGAAGUUCUACCUUGGGCACAAUGACGACAUUAUCAGCCUUGCUCUGCACCCGGACAGAGUUCAGGUUGCCACUGGACAAGUGGGGAAGGAACCGUACAUCUGUGUUUGGGACACUUACGGUGUGCAGACCGUGUCGAUUCUUAAAGAUGUUCACACACAUGGGGUGGCCUGCCUGGCUUUUGAUGCAGAUGGACAGCGGUUGGUCUCUGUGGGCCUGGAUUCCAAAAACACAGUGUGUGUUUGGGACUGGAAGAAAGGCAAGGUCCUUGCCACGGCAACUGGACACUCUGACCGGAUCUUUGACAUUGCCUGGGAUCCCUACCAGCAGCACAGACUGGUCAGCUGUGGUGUGAAGCAUAUCAAGUUCUGGGCCCUGUGUGGAAAUGCACUAACCCCUAAGAGAGGGAUUUUCGGCAAGACGGGGGACCUGCAGACCAUCCUGUGCCUGGCCUCGGCAAAGGACGAUGUGACGUACUCUGGGGCUUUGAAUGGAGACAUCUAUGUGUGGAAGGGGCUGAACCUGGUACGCACGCUGCAGGCAGCACAUGGGGCAGGGAUCUUCAGUAUGUACGCUUGUGAGGAAGGCUUUGCCACAGGGGGCAGGGAUGGCUGUAUACGACUGUGGGACGUGGACUUCAAGCCCAUCACCAAAAUUGACCUCAGGGAGGGAGAGCACGGCUACAAAGGGCUGUCCAUCCGCAGUGUGUGCUGGAAGGCAGACCGGAUCCUGGCCGGCACGCAGGACAGCGAGAUCUUCGAGGUGAUGGUGCGGGAACGGGACAAGCCGGUGCUCAUCAUGCAGGGCCACAGCGAAGGCGAGCUCUGGGCUCUGGCCAUCCACCCCAAGCAACCGCUGGCUGUCACUGGCAGCGAUGACCGAUCAGUACGGCUGUGGAGCCUGGUGAACCAUGCCCUCAUCGCCCGCUGCAACAUGGAGGAGGCAGUGCGCAGUGUGGCAUUCAACAACGAUGGCUCCCAGAUGUCUCUGGGCAUGAAGGAUGGCUCCUUCACUGUGCUCCGUGUCAGGGACAUGACGGAGGUCGUUCACAUCAAGGACAGGAAGGAGGUGAUCCACGAGAUGAAGUUCUCCCCAGACAGCUCCUUCCUGGCUGUGGGCUCCAAUGAUGGGCUGGUCGACAUCUACGCAGUGGGUCAGCGCUAUAAGAAGGUGGGCGAGUGCAACAAGUCAUCCAGCUUCAUCACGCACCUGGACUGGUCAGUGGACGGCAGGUUCCUGCAGACCAAUGAUGGCGCUGGGGAGAGACUUUUCUACAGGAUGCCAUCUGGGAAGAAUGUGACCACUAAAGAGGAAAUGAAGGGGGUCCACUGGGUGUCGUGGACUUGUGUGAUUGGUCCUGAAGUGAGUGGGAUCUGGCCCAAGUACUCCAACAUCAACGACAUCAACUCUGUGGAUGCCAACUACAGCAGUGCUGUGCUGGCUACAGGGGAUGACUUUGGCCUUGUCAAGCUCUUCCGAUUCCCUGGUUUGAGAAAAGGGGCAAAAUUCAAGAGGUACAUUGGCCACUCCGCGCAUGUGACCAAUGUGCGUUGGUCACAUGACUUGCAGUGGCUGUUGAGCACUGGAGGUGCAGAUCACUCUUUGUUCCAGUGGAGGUUUCUGCCUGAGGGUGUCAUGAAUGGAGUCCUAGAGCCCCUUCUCCAAGAAGGGUAUGCCGAUUCCAACAGUGAGGCGUCUGACUCUGACCUGUCAGAUGUUCCAGAGCUGGAUUCUGACAUCGAGCAGGAGGCCCAGAUGAACUAUGAGCGACAGGUAUACAAGGAAGACCUACCUCAGUUGAAGCAGCAGCGCAGGGAGCAGAGGCAGCUGGUCAGCUCACUGAAGCGGCAGAAGGCCCCGGAGGAGGGGCUUCGCCUGCAGUUUGUUCAUGGGUACCGUGGAUGGGACUGCAGGAACAACCUCUUCUACACACAGGCGGGGGAGGCAGUGUACCAUGUGGCUGCUGUUGCCGUUGUCUACAACCGGGGGCAACACACGCAGCGCUUCUACCUGGGUCAUGACGAUGACAUCCUGAGCUUGGCAGUGCAUCCACUGAAGGACUAUGUGGCCACAGGACAGGUUGGCCGGGAUCCAGCCAUCCAUGUCUGGGACAUCCAAACCCUGAAGUGCCUAUCUCUCCUGAGAGGAUAUCACCAGAGAGGGGUGUGUGCACUGGACUUCACAGCGGAUGGGAAGAGUCUGCUAUCUGUUGGUAUUGAUGACAAUCAUACAAUAGUGGUGUGGGAUUGGAAGAAGGGUGAGAAGCUGGCAACAGCAAGAGGACACAAGGACAAGCUGUUUGUAGUGAAGUGCAACCCGUUCCGCAUGGACAAGCUGGUCACAGUGGGCAUGAAGCACAUCAGGUUUUGGCAACACACAGGUGGAGGCCUCAUAUUCAAGCGCGGGAUCUUCGGGAACCUGGGCAAGUUGGAGACAAUGAUGUCAGUGUGCUACGGGCGCUCAGAGGACCUUGUGUUCUCCGGGGCGGCCACAGGGGAUGUGUACAUCUGGAAGGACACCAUGCUGCUGAAGACCGUCAAAGCCCACGACGGGCCGGUGUUUGCCAUGUACUCUUUGGACAAGGGCUUUGUGACGGGAGGCAAAGAUGGUGUGGUGGAGCUAUGGGAUGACAUGUUCGAAAGGUGUCUGAAGACAUACGCUAUCAAGAGGGCAGCGCUGUCGCCUUCAUCCAAAGGGUUACUGCUGGAGGAUAACCCCUCAGUCCGUGCCAUUACUCUGGGACAUGGUCACAUCCUGGUGGGGACCAAGAAUGGAGAGAUUCUUGAAAUCGACAAGAGCGGCCCCAUGACUCUGCUGGUCCAGGGUCACAUGGAGGGAGAGGUUUGGGGCCUGGCCACGCACCCACUGCUCCCCAUAUGUGCCACAGUGAGUGACGACAAAACCCUUCGCAUCUGGGAGCUCUCCUCCAACCAUCGCAUGGUCGCUGUCCGCAAGCUCAAAAGAGGUGGGAGAUGCUGUGCCUUCUCACCUGAUGGGAAAGCCUUAGCGGUUGGCAUGAAUGAUGGCAGUUUCUUGGUGGUGAACGCUGACACCCUGGAGGACAUGGUGUCUUUCCACCACAGGAAAGACAUUAUCUCUGAUAUUAGAUUUUCACAAGAUGCUGGAAAAUACCUAGCAGUGGCUUCUCAUGACUCCUUUGUGGAUAUUUACAAUGUGCUGACCAGCAAGAGAGUGGGCAUUUGCAAAGGAGCCUCCAGUUACAUCAGGCACAUUGACUGGGACACACGUGGUAAAUUGCUACAGGUUAAUUCAGGUGCCAAAGAACAAUUAUUCUUCGAAGCCCCAAGAGGAAAGAGGCAAACUAUCCACCCCACUGAGAUUGAGAAGAUCGAGUGGGCCACCUGGACGUCCGUACUAGGGCCCACCUGUGAGGGGAUCUGGACCUCCCACAGUGACGUCAAUGCCACCGCCCUCACAGGAGAUAAAAAGCUGCUGGCCACUGGGGAUGACUUUGGCUUCCUCAAGCUGUUUGUGUACCCAGUGAAGGGUCAGCAUGCAAAGUUUAAGAAGUACGUAGCCCACAGUGCCCAUGUGACCAGCGUGCGGUGGUCCCAUGACGACACCACGCUACUGACAGUGGGGGGGUUGGACACGGCGCUCAUGAUCUGGUCCAGGGAGGUGGGGGUCAACCGAGAGAACAAGCCCGUGGACAGUGAAGAGUCAGACGAUGAUGCAGAGGAGGACGGGGGUUACGACAGCGAUGUUGCCCGGGAGAAGAGCAUAGACUACGUCUCUAAGAUCUACGUGGCCAACAUCCGGCAGAUGACAGGCACCAAACCACACCACCAGCAGAAGGAGGUGCUGACAGAAGAAAGCAGGCCACCUGUUAGCAGAGGUGCCCCCUUGCCAGAGAAGCUGCAGAAGAAUAAUGUCACCAAGAAGAAGAAACUGGUGGAGGAGUUGGUGCUGGACCAUGUGUUUGGAUACAGGGGCUUUGACUGUCGCAAUAACCUACAUUACCUCAACGAUGGUGCUGACAUCAUCUUCCACACAGCAGCAGCUGCAAUAGUGCAGAACCUCUCCACAGGGACCCAGAGUUUCUACCUUGAGCACACAGAUGACAUCCUCUGUCUGACCGUCAACCAACAUCCUAAGUAUCAAAACGUCAUAGCCACUGGGCAGAUUGGUGAUGUCACAGACCUGCCAGGCACCACCCCAUCCAUCCACAUAUGGGACGCCAUGAGUAAGCAGACUCUGUCUGUCCUGCGCUGCUCACACAACAAGGGUGUGGGCUACAUCAACUUCAGUGCCACGGGAAAGCUCCUGCUCUCAGUGGGCGUGGAACCUGAGCACACUAUCACUGUGUGGCGAUGGCAGGAAGGUGCCAAAGUGACCAGUAAAGGAGGCCAUGCAGAUCGGAUCUUCGUGGUGGAGUUCAGGCCUGACUCCGACACACAGUUUGUAUCUGUGGGGAUCAGACACAUCAAGUUCUGGACCUUGGCAGGAGGCUCCCUGAUGUACAAGAAGGGGGUUAUUGGCUCUGUGGAAGACGGCAAGAUGCAGACCAUGCUGUCUGUGGCCUUUGGUGCUAAUAACCUGACUUUCACAGGUGCCAUUAAUGGGGACGUGUACGUCUGGCGGGACCAUUUCCUGGUGCGGGUGGUGGCCAAAGCACACACGGGGCCGGUGUGCACCAUGUACACCACGCUGAGGGAUGGCCUCAUCGUCACGGGAGGCAAGGAGAGGCCGACUAAGGAGGGCGGGGCAGUGAAGCUGUGGGACCAGGAGAUGAAGCGCUGCCGGGCCUUCCAGCUGGAGACGGGUCAGAUGGUGGAGAACGUGAGGUCUGUGUGCAGGGGAAAGGGUAAGAUACUGGUUGGAACAAAGGAUGGUGAGGUCAUCGAGGUAGGGGAGAAGAAUGCUGCCUCCAACAUCAUGAUGAACGGUCAUACGCGGGGGGAGAUCUGGGGCCUGGCCACGCACCCCUCCAAAGACAUGUUCAUCUCUGCCAGCGAUGAUGGGACCAUCCGCAUCUGGGACCUGGUUGACAAGAAACUGCUGAACAAGGUGAGCCUGGGCCACCCGGCCAAGUGCGCGGCCUACAGCCCCGAAGGGGAGAUGGUGUCCAUUGGCAUGAAGAACGGCGAGUUCAUCGUCCUCAUGGUCAGCUCGCUCACAGUGUGGGGCAAGAAGCGUGACCGCAGUGUGGCUAUCCAGGACAUCCGGUUCAGCCCAGACAGCCGACUGCUUGCAGUUGGGUCAGUGGAAAGCACAGUUGACUUUUACGACCUGACGCUGGGCCCUGCCCUGAACCGCAUCGGCUUCUGCAAGGACAUUCCUGGCUUUGUCAUCCAGCUGGACUUCUCUGCUGACAGCAAGUACAUUAAGGUGUCCACAGGGGCCUAUAAACGGCAGGUGCAUGAGGUGCCCUCAGGGAAGGUGGUGUUCGAGCAAGCUGUCAUUGACAGGAUCACCUGGGCUACCUGGACAAGCGUCCUAGGAGAUGAGGUGCUGGGGAUCUGGCCACGAAAUUCGGACAAGGCUGAUGUCAACUGCGCUUGCGUCUCUCACGCUGGCCUCAAUGUGGUUACCGGGGACGACUUCGGCCUGGUCAAGCUCUUCGACUUCCCAUGCCCGGAUAAAUUUGCCAAACACAAACGUUACUUUGGACACUCGGCUCAUGUCACCAACAUACGUUUCUCCUACGAUGACAAGUAUGUGAUUAGCACAGGAGGUGAUGACUGCAGUGUAUUUGUAUGGAAAUGCCUCUAAUGAAGAAUCACCUAAAGCACUGUGGCUCAAUUCCGGCCUAUGCGAAAUGACGGGGACUCUAAUGCCUCAAACCUGCGGCUGCUACUAAUUUAUUCCUGAAAUGCUGCGUUCACACAUCCUCAGUGUUGAACAGGGAUGCUGAAGACAUUGGUGUUGGUCGAGGGAUGGGGGUACACCGUGCAAUACCUUUCCAUCUAAGCAUAAGUUGACCCUAUGUGCUAAUGUAAGACCAGUUUUUCCACUUGUAAUGGUUAAGGACAGAAUUGUGAUAGAGAAAUCUGACCCUGGACCAGCACUUGGGGGCAACUUGUGCCUGGAGCAAUACUGUUCACAGACAUUAAUUAAUACCUCAUCUGUCCAUAAUGCCCAUGGCUCAGAUUAUGUGUGUCCGGGGUACUAUAAUAAAUUUAAUAAUGUGUUAGAAGAUUUUUUUUGCCAUAGGAGAAUGGCGUUUUACAGAGUUACCGACAGUCCUGUUUACAUUAUCACCCACUUACAACAGGAAGUGGCAGGAGCUUUUUGUUAACUUUUUGUUUUGAAAUAUUUUUAUCAAGACGUCUUCAUGAAAAUGUAACUUUCUAGCCAUUUGAUUUAAAAAAGCCUUUCAUUGUGUUCUUAAUCCUCAACACACAUGCAAGUGCCUAAUAGAUUUUAAUACUAUCUGGUGCUACAGAUUGGAA